UCUGCACCUCUUUCUGCACCCACCACUUGUUAAGCUUUUCCUCGUACGAGAGAACUUGCGCUCACCAUUUCUCCUCAACCAAGCUUCUGCCACUUUGUUGUCCCAUCUACCACACCUCUCCAGAUUCAUUACGCCACAUGGCUUUCGCUCAAUCUACUCCGUCUCCCGUCCACCUUGAUACCUACAUGGCUAAGCAUGCCGAUCCUCCCACCUGGGAGCGGAUUGACACGAGCUCCGUCGGCGAGACCACCAUGUCUCAAGAGUAUUCGGCCUCGGACGAACGCCACACGCCAUACCGUGGGGCGUAUAUUCCAAGGGUGACUUCACGAUGGGCGUUCGCCCAGAAGCCCGUCCGAACCUCUGCAGCGAAUGAGGUCUCCCGGUGGCCGCCACCUCUCUCCCGCUCGCCCUCCUUCUGCUUCAAUCCCUUUGGGGAUAGCGAGGGACCAGCCGUCGGACCUGCCCACUUCGCGCCCGCUCCCAUUCCUAGGAGCAUGUAUGUCCCCGGGAGGGCAUCCCUCGCCUUGCACGACCCUAACGACACCGUCUACGUCCCCUCUCCCCGUCAAUGCGAGUGGGUGCCCCUCCGGUCGACCGAUGCCACGUACAGUGGCAUUGGUGUGCAUAGACUUGUGGAUGAGCCAGUCGCUGACCAAAAUGCGGUUACGCGACCGCAGACGAUACAAAGAGAGCUAAUUUUCACACACAGGCUGACACCUGCAUAUGCGCUGGCUCACUUUGCAGUGCCUGCGGUGUCGCAGCCAAGUGGAUCAACCGCUACAACACUCUACGACGACGAGGCCGACGAAGACGACUUCGUCCUACGCGCACUCCAGCUGCCCUGGUUGGAGUACAACCUCAUCGACGUUGAGGAGUUCACUCCACCAACCACUCCCCCGCUGUCACCCUCAACGCUCGCGGACGACGAGGAGGACCUGACCGUGCUGGAGAAGGAAGAGGAGUUGAGGGAAUGGCAGGAGGCAUCCCCUCUUGCCCGUGAUGUUAUAUGCCUGCCAACCGGCUGGUAAGUUUUUGUAGAACGUUUGUACUGUAACCGAAGGACAUCGUACCCACGUAGUCUCACAUUUCGUUUUUUGAAUCGGCUCGUCUUGUACUGUAUAGUUCCUUGAAUGGCAAAUGCCUUUGUAUCUUGUUCAUUGGAAGGUCCAAAGUGGGUCGCAGUUGCGGUUUACCCUUAUGAAAAUGCCUCUUCUUGUACCUUGGUCAUAUUACGCGACGCGUGGAGCUAAAUGAAUGGCUUGCGAAAACAAUGAGGCUGCUGGCGUGUUUUCCUGCAGAACUUGCCCCACCUAUGCCUAAUCUUCUUGGCGGUGAAAGUCCUGCUCGCUCAAAGAUGGGAGCAACUUUGACGAC